CGAGUUCUAAAAGAAAUGUUCUCCGACGGCCACACAAAUUGGGGUAGGAUUGCUACCCUUUUUGCUUUCGGAGCGGCUCUCUGUAAAUAUUCCCUUGAAAAUAACAAGCAGGAGCUUAUAGAACCAAUCACAGACUCCAUCGCACUCUACAUUUCUACAAAUAAAUCCAACUGGAUAAGGCAACAAAAUGGCUGGGUUGGUUUUUUUUUAUUU